AUUCUGCGCUCUCUGGCGCUUAGUAGCCAGUGACGCGUGAGUACGUGGCGCUGACGUCAGCGAAACCCCCGGCACAGACGAGGACUGCGAAGGCGGCUGCUGAGGCAGAAAAGGAGUUGUGACGGAAGAAUAAAGGACCCUGGCCCAGGACUCAUGAACACUCGUAAACGUCACGGUUCCCGCAACACUGAUAACGGAGUUUACGUAGGACCUCCACAGACCCAAGUCCUGCCCUCCACUACUACUGAGGUUUUCUCUCCUCCGGUUCUUCCUCCUCCAGCUAACGUGAUGUCCUGCCGGGACCGCACUGCUGAGUUCAUAUCUGCUUGCAAGUCUCUGCGUGGACGUCAGAAUGGUGUUCAGCUGUCUAAUCCUUCUCUUAAUGCUGUGAAACAGAGAAGUGAAUUUACUCUUAUGGCCAAACGAAUCGGAAAGGAUCUUAGCAACACGUUCAGCAAGCUGGAAAAACUGACAAUAUUGGCUAAAAGAAAAUCCCUGUUUGAUGACAAAGCAGUGGAAAUUGAGGAACUAACGUACAUUAUUAAACAAGAUAUUGGAAGCCUGAAUCAGCAGAUUGCUCAGUUACAGUCCUUUGUAAGAGCACGGGGCAAUCAGAAUGGGCGACACGUUCAAACGCACUCAAAUACUGUGGUGGUUUCUCUUCAGUCAAAGCUGGCAUCAAUGUCUAAUGACUUCAAGUCUGUAUUGGAAGUAAGAACAGAGAACCUAAAGCAUCAGCGAAGUCGCAGGGAGCAGUUUUCUCAGGGUCAGGUCUCUGCUCUACCCCACCAUCACAACAGCAUGGGUCCCUCCGUCCUCCUACAAGAUGACUCUCGCAGGCAUGGGGAUGUGACAAUAGACAUGGACUCAAAAGUUAGUCAGCAGUUGCAGUUAAUAGAUGAGCAGGAUUCCUAUAUUCAGAGUCGAGCAGACACGAUGCAGAACAUAGAAUCCACCAUAGUUGAACUGGGUUCAAUCUUCCAACAGCUGGCUCAUAUGGUAAAGGAGCAGGAAGAAACUAUACAACGGAUUGAUGGGAAUGUAGAAGAGACGCAGCUGAAUGUGGAAGCAGCCCACUCUGAAAUCCUGAAAUACUUUCAGUCUGUCACAUCAAACCGCUGGCUCAUGAUCAAGAUAUUUCUUAUACUUAUCGUUUUUUUCAUCAUAUUUGUGGUCUUCCUGGCUUGAGACAACCAACCCCCCCCCAAAUCAGAACAGCGGUCCACACACACUCCAUGCUACCUCCAGACAGCCUGGUCCUAUGAAACCACAGGAAAAUCGCAGUGUUGUCACCUUGUAUGCAUGUGGAUUGUGGCUAUUGCGUGGGGGACAUAAAUUGUGUGUGGCUUUUUUUUUCUUUU